UCACGCCACCAGACCGCAGAGAUCUGUUUGUGUUAUCGGCUGUGAUGGCGGAAUCACGGAGAGUUCAGUUGACCACUUUGUCCUUUGAUGCACCUCCAUCCUCAGACAAGCUGGCUUCGGCCCAAAAGUCUCCGACAGUUGUUAAGCAGGAGAAAGAAACCUGCUCAGACCGACCCGCGGACACCGACACAGUCCGGCUGGUGCUCACGUUAUUUGAGCCUGAUGAGAGGAGCUUCCCAGAGUUCAGCUACAGCCAGCUCGUUGACGACAACAAGAUCAACCACACAAAAGAUGAAGUCCCACUGAGCAGAUUUAAAGAGGAAGAAAAGAGAGCAAAUGAUGAGGCCGUUGCUAUUGCCAGGAAGUUGGAGGAAAAAUAUGGUGGCAAACCUAAGAAAAAAAAGGAUCGCAUUCAGGACUUGAUCGAUAUUGGAUACGGCUAUGAUGAAGAGGAUUCUUUCAUUGACAACUCUGAGGCUUAUGAUGAAUUUGUUCCAGCCUCCAUCACAACAAAAUUUGGUGGCUUCUAUGUAAAUUCAGGCAUGCUGCAGUUCCGCCAGGCUUCUGACACAGAGGACCUCACUGCAGAAGAGAAAACACUUGCGCCCUCAAAAAAACGUAAACUCAAUGGUGAACAGAAUAAGCCAAAGAAAAAGCCAUGCAGAGAAGAUGGAGAGAUGGAAAGCAAUGCGGAUCUAAAAUCGAGACACGAAGACGAGAUGAAGAAGAAAAAGAAGAAAAAGGCUGUUGGCACAUUAAGUGUCACCAGCAUGUUGAAAAAGUUUCAAAGGGAGAAGGAGAAGGAACGACGGAAGAUGAAGAGAGCCAAUCAGGAAGCAGCUGCAAUCAUGGGUGCACCCAAAAUCCCUCUCUGCCCUGCAGAUGCAGCCGGGGGCGGAGGCUCAGGAUUGACCGACCCUCUCCUCAGUUUAAUUGGAUCAACCAAUGACCACGCUCUCAUCCAAGCAGCCAACACUGUGGAUUUUGAUAUUGAUUUGGACUCUUUAUUAGACGUCAGUGAAGAGACUUCAUCACCAAAAUUGCUCCCCCGAUCUACCACUGUUUUCCCACCCAAAACAGAUGACCAGACUCAAGCCCAACCUCCAAUUACAAAGACCAACUUGCAGCUGAAGCCUCAUUCAGAACAAAUCCAGCUCUUGUCACAAACCAGUUCUACAUCACCUCCACUGCCAGAGGGACUUCCCCCAGGACUGGAAGACAGCAUUCGAAAACUCAUGAUGGCUGCCAAGACCUCAGAGGGGGAGUCAAAGCUCAAGUUCUUCACACCAGAAAUCAACUCGAUCCUGCUUGAUAUUGAGUUGCAGUGUCGGGGACAGGGUGGUCAGUUGCGCUCCAAGGUGUACACACACCUGUCAUCUUUCCUGCCCUGCAGCAGAGACACACUCCUCAAACGUGUAAAGAAACUGUUACACACACACAUGGAGGAACCCCCUGAUGCAGAGAAUCCCAUGCACAAACUUAAAGAAGCCAUCGGCAAAGCCAUGCCCGAGCAGAUUGCAAGUUUCCAUGAAAACUGCCAAACAUACUCACAAGUGAAGACUUCAAAGGCAACAGAGGAGGACAAAGAAGGCAAACAGAAGGUAAAUAUUGGCCCAGAGGACAAUGUGGAGGAGAAAGGUGGGAAACGAGGAGGUCCUAAGAAGUUGUUCAAAUGGAAUGACGAGAUCAGGGAAUGUUUGAGCCAUGUGUUAAUGGUGAAAAUGGAGAGACAGAAAACGGAAAGGGACUGGAGUCAGGAGAUGGAGGAGUACCUUAAGAACUUGUUAGACAAUGAGGUCAAACCGCUUUGGCCAAAAGGGUGGAUGCAGUCUAGGGUGCUGAUGAGGGAGAGCAGGAACAUUUUACAUUUUAAGUCAUUACCAGUAAAGAGGGCUAGGCCUGAGAAGAAGCAGCAGCAGCAGCCACCUAUCAAUGGUCCUCCCACUACAUCAGAUGGCUGCAGCAAUUCCCAGGGAUCUCCACCACUGAUAGAUCUGACCCAGGAAGCAGAUGAUAUCUUUAUUGAGGGAUCAAAUGUCUCCAAUUCUGUGUCACUUGGUGCUGUUAAGAAGGAAGUUGCUGCACUGAAAAAGGUGGAGGCUGCUCCGACUCCUUCCCUUCUGGAUCUCCUUGCUGAUCAAGCGCUGGCUCAGGAGCAACCUCAAUCAGUUUCCCAGGAGCUCCUAGCAGCAGCUGUUGUAAAAUACAAACGUUCAGUUCAGCACUGGAGCCUUGGGGUUGACACCAAAAGUCCUCCCUUUCCACCUCCGCCUCCUCAGUCCAGCCCAGUCGGUUUCCCUGUGAGCGGGGUG